GCAGGAGGAGUAAAGAUGGCGGCGCGGGGGCCUCCGCCUUCUGCUCCCGACUGAAAGCUCUGCGAAGGAGGCGGUACCCGCAACACUAGCCGUGCCGGCAUUCUGGUGGUUAGUCUGUGCGGCAGCUGUCGGGGCUUGAGCCAUGGCGGAGCUGGGGCACCUGGGAGGGAAGCGGGCCGAGUCGGCGCGAGCGCGGCGGGCGGAGCAGCUGCGGCGCUGGCGGGGCUCGCCGACCGAGCUGGAGCCCGCGGAGCGGCGGGGCGCGGGGCGGCAGGCGCAGACCAGGCGCGGGAGCCCCAGGGUCCGCUUCGAGGACGGCGCGGUCUUCCUGGCCGCCUGCUCCAGCGGGGACACGGACGAGGUGAGAAAGCUUCUGGCAAGAGGUGCGGACAUCAACACGGUCAACGUGGACGGCUUGACAGCCCUGCACCAGGCCUGUAUUGAUGAAAAUUUGGACAUGGUGAAGUUUCUGGUGGAGAACAAAGCCAAUGUAAACCAGCAAGACAAUGAGGGCUGGACGCCCCUUCAUGCGGCAGCUUCCUGUGGUUAUCUCAACAUAGCAGAGUAUUUCAUUAACCACGGAGCCGGUGUGGGCAUUGUGAAUAGUGAAGGGGAAGUCCCUUCUGACCUUGCUGAGGAGCCGGCCAUGAAGGACCUUCUUCUGGAGCAAGUAAAGAAGCAAGGAGUUGACCUAGAGCAGUCAAGGAAAGAAGAAGAGCAACAGAUGUUGCAGGAUGCCCGCCAGUGGCUCAACAGUGGGAAAAUAGAAGAUGUGAGGCAGUCUCGCUCAGGGGCCACAGCCCUGCAUGUAGCUGCUGCCAAGGGCUACUCUGAAGUCCUCAGACUUUUAAUUCAGGCUGGCUAUGAACUCAAUGUUCAGGAUCAUGAUGGCUGGACUCCUCUUCAUGCUGCUGCGCACUGGGGAGUAAAAGAGGCUUGCUCCAUCUUGGCAGAAGCCCUGUGUGACAUGGAUGUCCGGAACAAACUGGGCCAGACGCCAUUUGAUGUGGCUGACGAGGGUCUUGUGGAGCACUUGGAGUUGCUCCAGAAGAAACAGAAUGUGCUCCGAAGUGAAAAGGAGACACGGAAUAAACUCAUUGAAUCGGAUCUGAAUAGCAAGUUGCACAGUGGACUCUUUAAGAACAAAGAGAAGAUGCUCUAUGAGGAAAAGAUACCCAAGUCCCAAGAAAUGGAGGAAGAAAGUAAAGAAUCCAGCAGUUCCAGCUCUGAAGAAGAGGAAGGUGAAGAUGAGGCUUCUGAAUCAGAAACAGAGAAGGAGGCAGAUAAAAAGACAGAAGCCACUGUCAACCAUUCCAACUCUGAAAGCAAGAGUCGUGUCAUGGAGCAGUUCACAGCACCAGCUCAGAACACCUUCCCUGUCUCUUCUGCUAGGAGAUUCUCCAGUCUCUUUAACAAGCCAGAAGAGCCCAAAGAUGAAUCUCCUUCUUCGUGGAGAUUGGGACUCAGAAAAACUGGCAGCCACAACAUGUUGAACGAAGUGGCCAAUUCCAGGGAAGCUUUAAGGGACCGAGGCUCUUCCAUCUGCCGCUCCUCAUCAAGCCCUCGGAUCUCUGCCCUGCUGGACAGCAAAGACAAGGAAAGAGAAAACAAAAACUAUUUUGGUUCAAUAGCACCCCGAAGGCUCAGCAGCACAAGUAAUAUUGAAGAAAAGGAGAACAGAGAGUCUGCUGUGAAUCUAGUGAGGAGUGGCUCACACAGCCGGCAGCUGUGGAGGGACGAAACAGAGGGAAAUGAAACUCCACAGACAGCUGCUCCCUCCACCUAUGUAUCAACCUACUUGAAAAGUGCUUCAUUUGGUAGAAGUAGUGACCCCACAAGUCCCUACAUUUCAGCCAAUCGCAAUUCAUCUCCUGCUACCUCACCCAUUACCAUUGGUUCAUCCACCUCUCGGGGCAGCCAGUGGCAGCCUGCCUCUCCUUGCCCUGCACCAGUCAGUGCAAACACUUCUGCGUCUGUGCAACAUGGCAGGACUCCUUAUAAACACCCGGCUGACUCCAGUGCAGAGAAAACAACAGACAGUGUCUGUUCUAGUGCCCCGCUCUGUGUGAUCACCAAUCGCCCUGCACCCAGUACUGCCAAUGGGGUCACAUCUGCCACUGUAUUCUCCCCUGCUGGAACAGACUCCUCUGUGGAAGCUCGGGAGAAGAGGAGGUCCUAUCUGACUCCUGUACGAGAUGAGGAAGCAGAAUCUUUACGGAAAGCACGCUCCAGACAAGCGCGCCAGACACGGAGGUCUACUCAGGGUGUUACCCUAACAGACCUGCAAGAAGCAGAAAGGACUUUCAGCCGGGCAAGAGCAGAGAAGCAGGCUCAGGAACAGCCUAGUGAGAAGCCUGCAGACCCGGAUGGGCUUGAGGGGAGCACUGAGAAGCAGGAGCCCUUGGCAGCCCCAGCAAAGGAAGUUGGGGAGAGCCAGCAACGCUGGGGCAAAAGUCUGGAUGAGGAGCCUGUCUAUCAUCGCCUAAGGUGUUCAACUCAGCCAGAUAAACCCACAACACCAGUGUCUCCUCCUUCAUCAAGACCCUUACUGUACACUAGCUCCCACAUACUCCGGACAAGUAGACCUUCAGCCACUGAUUCUGAGAGUUCAGAGACCAUCACAAACACUGCAGCUGCAAAGGAAAUGGACAAAAAUGAGAGUGAAGAAGCGGAUUUGGAUGAUCAGUCCUCUAACAAGCUGUCUAUCCGAGACAGAAGGCGGCCUAAGGAACGGCGAAGAGGCACAGGCAUCAAUUUCUGGACAAAAGACGAGGAUGAAACUGAUGCCUCUGAAGAAGUCAAACAAGCAUGGCAUGAAAGACUUUCUAGGUUGGAGUCAGGAGGCAGUAACCCGACAAGCAGCGACUCUUACGGUGACCGAGCCUCAGCGAGAGCCCGUCGGGAGGCUCGGGAGGCUCGUCUAGCCAGCCUGACCAGCCGGGUGGAAGAGGACAGCAACAGGGAUUACAAAAAACUCUACGAGAGUGCCCUGACGGAAAACCAAAAACUGAAAUCAAAACUUCAGGAGGCCCAGCUAGAGCUAGCAGAUAUAAAGUCCAAGCUUGAGAAGAUGGCCCAGCAGAAACAAGAGAAGACCUCUGACCGGACAUCAAUGCUGGAGAUGGAGAAGCGAGAGAGGAGGGCCUUGGAGCGGAAAAUGUCUGAAAUGGAGGAAGAAAUGAAGGUGUUAACAGAACUGAAGUCCGACAACCAGAGGCUGAAAGAUGAAAAUGGUGCCCUCAUCAGAGUCAUCAGCAAACUGUCCAAGUAGACUAGGCUUCUUGUGAAGAGGAGGGACAGCAUGGCUGCCCUGCCCCCUUGUCCAGCCAUGGCCUUCCAUUCAAAAGCACUGAAUGUUUUGGAGGAAGGACACUUCUUCCUGACCCUCUGCAGUCACCUCCUCGGCACUGUCCAUUUUCUGUGCACUCUCAGUGUCUCAUUGCCCUCACACCCACCUCCCAAGUUUUAUGGCAGUUUAAACUGAAGCAUGAUUGUGAUCAUGUGAGCCGUCUGGAGAAGGCCUUGUGGAGUACACCAAGCUAAGCUGCGGAGCCCCUAGUUUCUGCUGCUUUGUCCACAUUGGUUUUGGUCCAAACAUGUAAGAGUUUGGCCCACUGCUGUCUGAUAGAGUCUUGCGGUCACCACUCCAAGUCCCUGUCUGGAGUGCCAAGAGAAAGGGCAGAAUGUGGAAGAAAUCACUCGACUGCCUCUAAUGCUAUGUUUGCUUAGAGUUCAAGGUGACUGUGACUCUGUCAAGGCGCUGUAUGUGUCACCUCUCAGGAACUAGUUUUCAUUUUUUCUAUCAAUAACCCAAUAACAUCCCUGAUUAGUCUUCUCCCCACCCCAGAGUUCCUCCCUUUCUGCAUCAUUCAGAUAACCCUGCCCUCACUUGCCCUUUUCCUUUCUCUCCUUCUACUGUCUCUCCCAGCCUCCUUAGCAACGUUGCAAAAGCCGGGACAGAGCUCCUGACCUUGGUUGUCUUUGGCCAUUAUGGAAAAUCAUCAGUCUGGUGCUUAGUGCUGUCACCAUGACCCUUGUCCUUGAAAAGCUGGACCAUGGCACGUUAGCCCAUUGCUCAUGUCUCCCACUCGUCUCCCUACUGCAAGAUGGACUUACUUUCCUAGAAAACCUGGACUAGGCAGAGUGCCGUGCUGAAAUCCCAGCACUUGGAAGCUGAGAAAAAAUAAUCAUGAGUUUGAGGCCAGCCUAGGCUAUAUAGUAAGACCCAACCUGGAGAAAAGUGGGAAAGGAAAUGUGAGCCUUGAUUACCCCAGUCUGCCUCACCUCCCUUGACCUUGUUUUCCUGUCCACUCUGGCACCUGUUCCUGAUGAAGAAUGAAGUCAUUGCAAGGAGGCCUGAGAGGUGAUGGGGCAGAUUGUUGAGCUGGACUGGAGAAUGGAAGUAGGCUGGAAAGAUAUGGUGAGAGCAUCUGAGGACACUUGGAACAUGGUGCUUACACUGUACAGACAGUGGUAGCUUUGUUUCUGGUGGUUAGAUUUAGGGGACUGACACUGACCUUUCUAGAAACCAACUGGAGAGGUUGAAAAGGGUGAGGUUUCAGCCCAUGAUGGGAAUCAUGGAAGCUUAGAGUGGCAAGGCCCAGUGAUUAUUUGGCCCAGUUUCUGUAGUGUCACAGGGACCCCUGCUGCCACAGCUUUGACCCGUGUCGCUUACCUGCUCAUGGCUAUGCAUUUAUUACCCAAAGAUUGGGCAGCUCUAACAAUGAGAGUCUUUGCUAACACAAGCCAAAGUCGGCCUACUUCCUGCCAAGACAGCUUUUUCCUUAUGUGUGGUUGGUGGUCUCUCCUUUCCUAGUCUCUUCAGUCGCUCCUCAAGUAGCAUGCUUUUUAUACCUGUCACAUCCUGGCUGAUACCCUAUAGAUAAAGACAGCCUUUUAGACUAUCAUGCCCCAACAUAGAGUACUCCAUAAUUCUAGCACACAAUUAAACUGUUAGUUCCCAGUGAUAAUUUAAUAGUAAUGGGCACAGUAUUUGCUUUCUGUAAGUUUUAUCCAUUGUCUCCUUUUGCGUGAUCAGGUCGUUAUUUUGAGGUUGCCAGUGAUGGUCAGUGCUGGGUGUGGGUCACUCUCUACAACACGCACUACCUCUGUUAGCUCCUUUCCUGCAAAUGGCAAUAUCAUCCUCUGGGGCCCUUGGAAACGUUACAUGCUCCUGAACCAGCAGCUGUAGCUCAGAAUCCCAGUUACAGAACAGAAGCCAUUCUUCGUCCUACAAAGCCCCACUUUUAGCAUAUUCAUGAUUCUCUUUUCCAGCUCCACCCAUUUUUCUGUAGAAGCUGAUCCUUUCGAACCUCUGUAUUAUCAUGGGACACGGGAAACUCAGUUCCUAGAGGAUGCUAAGUUAGAAUGAGAGUUCGUAUCUUCUGCUGUGGCGGCAUUUCCUUCUUACUAGGGAAAGGACGCUCAGGUGCUGAUUGAUUCUCCUGACACACUUUGAUGUAGGGGAUGUAGGGAGAAAUGAGGGUGCUGUGUCAUUGUCAGCAACUGAAAAUGGGAUUAUCAGGAAAACAUUUUGAACCUCUUCCACUACAUAGACCAGGAAAAGGCAUUACAGAGAACUCUCUUUCAUCUCUCUGUACCUUUUGAAGUGUAGGGCACAGGUUCUCAAAACUCGUUAGACUGGCAUUACACCCUGCUGCCCUUGUAUGUUAAAGGAUGCCGCUUCUUGCCAGGAAGUUCUCCUUAUUCACUUGUAAAGACAUUUACAAGCUUGGCAAUCUCAGGUAUACUGGAUUUUAUGACCAAGAAUUCAUGAAAGUGUAAGUUCUAGGUAAUUUCAGGCAUUAAUUUUAUUAGAUAACAUUCUGAAUUGUGAUUUCUUCCAGAGAAGAAAACUCCAUCUUAUCACAACCAUAUUGACUCAAGAAGGUGGUGGUUUAGGCCUUCUGAUAGCCAGCUGUUCUCUGGGUACUAUAAGCCCAGGUGGUCUUUUCCCGGGCUGCUUAGCCAUUGCAUACCAUGGACAGGCCUCCCCAGUGGCCACAGAUGCCCAUCUUCACCUCCUGGCCUGGUACUUGUGAGCACCCUGGCAGCACAGGUUGCGCAAACCAGCGCAAGCUGCCUGCCAGCUCUGCAGGGCUCAGCUCUGUCACUGAGUAACCAAGCCACACCUUUGGGAGUAGUGGCUGCGCCAUUGCAGAGGUUCUCUAGUCAGAGUUGGUCUCUUUAUCUUUCAGAGGUGGCUGAGCUACACCUGCAGCUCCUGAAUGAGGUGACUUCUAGCCCUGUCAGGUCCCUAAGGUAAGGGUUAUGCGUACAUCAGGGUGCUGCCACCAAAGACUCUGACCAACACAUAUAUCCUGGGCCUGUUCAGAACACUAAAUCUCAGUUUGCACUUCCCUAGACCUCCCUGACUAUCCCGCUAUGAGAUUGUUUCUCUUCUUGACUUUGCUGGUUCUGUGCCUCAAGCCCUUUAAGGAGACUUACAUGAUGAGUUGUUCUUAGAGGCCACUAGUGGGUUCCACUCAAGAGUUACGGAGGUUAACAUCCCACAGAAACCCUGUGUGAACUACGAGCUGUUUCCACCAGGAGGGUCUCCUGAGCCAGAGACGAGAAAGAAAGAAUCCUCACAGGCUUGGCUAGGUUAGGCCCAUUUGUAGCCCUUCUAGCCACAGUCAACUCUCAGAGAAAGGCCAGUGUUUCUGUCGCGAGUCACUGCACUGAAGGUCCUGACGGCGCGGGGCUGGCAUGCAUCAGGAGGGGCUGGGUGAGCAGAAACCUGGGGAAGAAGGUACAGGGUAAACGUUGCUGGUUGCUCUCAGGCGGCUCUACCCAUUAGCGGAAAGGGGGCACCUAGUUCUACUCAACUGGUGAGCCCCAGGUUCCAGUAUGGUUUCCUGCAGGGAACUGCAGGGGCCCUACUGUCCUUCCCUCCUGGGACCACCAGGGCCCCAUGACUUGUAUACCAUUGUCAGAAAUAUAGCUACAGAUGUUGGUUAACAUUCUAUUUUAAGACAGGCACAGACCUUUGAUGUGGGUUCCUGUGACCCAAUAAGGUGGCUUUCAGGGCGGAAUAAGGUGCAUUCAUGAAUAAGGCCCUGAGAGUCCAAGACCAACUCUUCUGUUUAAUUAUGUGACCUUGGGCAAGACGAUCUGAAAUGACCCUGUUGACUUAAGUUUCUGUGAUUAUUCUUAGGAAUAUCAGAACAUUUCUUACACUCAGAAUUUCUGCUUCAAAAUUCCUUCUAACUUCAGUAUUCAAGACCAAAAAGUCUUGUAUUCAUCUAGAUUCACUGUUUAAUCAGCUUGUCAAGGUUGACUUCUCAUCCUUGUUAGAGAGUGAGUUUAAUAUUGAGGGUAAUUGAAUAGUGUUGCGAUUGUUCUCCCUCAAAUGGUCUGGUAAAGGUAUUAAAACCUGCAGAGGUGGAGUUUGGAGCUCAGGGAGGAUAGAAAGUGGCUUGUUGAGGGCAGCCCUUGGCCCUUGGACAAAUUGAUUGAAUAGGAACGAGAGCUGCUGCUUCAUAGGUUUCUCAACCACCUCUCUCCAGCUGUCUCGAACGUGAUACGUGAUCUGCUCUGGCUUUCAACACCCAAACAGGAGACUAAUUACAUUUCUGCUUAGCACCAGCUGUUUCUUAAUCUUGAACGCUACCUUGAAAAGCAAGAGACUUUUCCUCAGUGAAAAAACCUCAAUCUUUAGUUCAAUUGAGCUCUCCUCUAGGUGCUAAGCUCUCAGAUUCUGGUGCUGUUCAAAGUGGUCUUUCAUUGGAAGCAGAUCCAUAGAGGAGACUAUGAAAGCAGUGUUUCCAGGCACCAUAGUCACAUUGUACAAAAGAGCGCCCAGCUCUCCUGGAUUCCUGUAGGCCCAAGUUGGAGUGUGGGUAAAGGGCCAACACCCAGAAAUAGACAGCUUAGGUGCUGUGCUGGGCAAAAGGCAGAGGCAGUGGCCUUGAAGGUAGAGCAGGAUGGAGGCUGUGAGCCCUGGGAGUGACUCUCCCUGUGGACUUCAUCCCUCUGCCCCAGUGGAGCAGAGAUUUUAUCAGCUACCCUAAUGGGUAUCGACACUGCUCACAAGCAGUCGGCCCUGUCAGGUAUAGCUAUUGAUUCUGUUCUCUGUUCUGAUUAGAUUGGAAAAAUAGAUCAACUCCAUUAUAGCUCAGGAACUGUCAUUGUCACAGCUGUAAGGAAUGAGGUGGUUUCUGAGGGCUGAGGUAAAACAAGAGGGCUCUUGACUGGCAGCUACAUGCUGAAAGAAGUUGCACCCAUGUCUUCUUGAGAACUGUGGCUGGGGGUUAGAAUUUGGGCCGAGGUGUGCCUUGAAACCCAGCGCUAGAAGUAGGUGGAGGAGGGGCAGCUCAAGCCCAUGGCACUGACGCAGGUUCUGGCCUUGACUAAGAAGGCUUGGCAAGGUGAGGACUCUUCUAUUCUGAAUACCUGCACAGGCUUUCCAGCCUGGACAUUUCAGAAUAAGGCCUGGCAUUUUCUUAAUUAGAAAUGAGAGCUCUGAAACCAGUUUACCCAGCUGUAGUAUUCACUUCGUUUGUAUCUUUUGCUCUUCCAUCUCCCUUCCAAUUUCCCAAAGGACUUUAUCUCUGAGCCCUUCCUCACUCAUCCUUUGGACAUGAAUGCACCAGAGUGAUAUUUGGUUAUUUCUCCUCUAAAUUCUUCCCUAAUGAGAUUUUACUUGGGUGGCCUCUUAAGGUGACAUCAGGAUGCUCUUAUGUCUUUCCAAAGUAAGCAUAGCCUUCCUUUUUCCUUCACCUCCCUCCACGUUCUUUUAUGUCUUGCUUCCAAAUUUGGACAUGAUGGUGCUUGAGAAAAGAAGUUUUCCACUAACCAGUCAAGAUUCCAGGAGGAUUUUCUGAUGCCAACACCCCACCGCCACCACCACCGCCACCAGCCCCUUUUCCACUUUCAAGGCUUCCUGGCUAUGCUAAUGGCCCCUCAGAGACAAGUUUUGACUUGCAAGACUGGAUGAUUCAUCCAUAACCUGGCUGAGGAGGCUGUGGGUAGCCAUGUCUGACUCAUUCCAGCUUUGACCUGAGAGGUGUGACUGGUUCCAGCUUAAGACAGUGUUGCUGUACCAGGUGACACCUGCCUGGUAGGAAAGAGGAUCCAGGACUGGCACACUGACCGGGAGCCUCAUGAAGAGCCUCUGACUUGCUCCUGAAACCAGAACUGAGGGUCAGACUACAGAUUUGGACAAGGGCAAGGACGGCUUGACUCUGUGCAAGCGUAUGUCUCCUUGAUAUGUGCUCCCGCCCUCCCUGAUAGGGAGGAGCUGGGUAAAGAACAUUUGGAGGUAAAGGCACUAGGAGGCUUGUGCAGGGAUAGAAGAGGGUUCUGGAAGGGUGUGCCCCUCCUCCUCUAGCCAGUGUUCCUUGAGCCCUUGGAAGGUAUUGUCUCCCUUGCCUUCCUCUGCUAGGAGAAGAUGUGGCUGUUCUCAGUUGAGCAUCUCAGAGCCUGCCCUUGGCUGUAUGGUUUUCCUCCCUUCAUGCUUCCUCCUCCCCAACCUGUCCCAUUUUAAUAGCGUUUUGUGUUUUUCCACCCUGCUCACCUUACUUCCACCACACUCAGUGCACCAGAUGUACCUGUCAGCUGCGUGUUAGGGGCUAGCUUCAGUCAUGGUAAGUACACCUGCAGGAGGGCCCCGAGGGGGAGCCAGGCUCUCUGUGAGCUGAAUGUAUUUUUAUGCAAUUUUGAGUGGCCUUUCAACCCUGACAUGGAUGAUUUUGUUUUACUGAUUGUUAUAUAGUAUUAAGUAUUCUGUGUUUGAAAGUUUGGGAAUAGUAAUAUUCACAUCUAUAUGAUGCCUGUAAACACAACAGUAUUUAUAAAUGAGUAAAUAAAACUGUGUUUUAACUUUGUGCAA